AUGAGAGAGGUCAAUUUCAGCAUCCCCAACGUCAACAAGGCGUCUGUGGGAAUAACCACAGCUUUAUACGAUCGCCGAGCACUCGAUUGUACCUCUACAUUACCGCUUAUUAAUUCCCUUAAUCACCUUGCGUAUCUCACAACAUCCUCCGCACGUAUUCGCGAUAUCCUGACCGUCGAUGGAGGUAUAGAACGUUUGGUCUGUAUCCUUAAAGAGGGGCGAAAUGGAGAUAUGAUGAGCAUAUGGAAGUGGAAUCUCGCCUUCCAGUGUGUUGUCAAUAUCGGCGUCCGAGGGACAGAGAACGUGCGGACUAGGGUAGUGGAGGCAGACAUGGUCCCUGUCAUAGCCACUAUUCUUGAUAAUUACAUCAAAGUCAUAGACAGCUGUCGCGAAAAAUCCGAUGAAAUAAAACAAAAGCAGGCACAUGAUCAUCACCGCCGGCACAAGAACCACGACCACCGGCAUUCAAAAGUUGCUUUAUCGUCCAACAUUCCCCGUUCAUCUCGAGAUGGAGACUUGAGAUAUGCUUUACGACAAGACUCGUCGUCUGCUACCGAUGCUCCAGAGGCUCUUGCUGGUCCCUCUAUUACUUCGAGUGGGCAAAUUAUUGAUACGGCUUCGGCGACGUAUUCCCUCAUUUACGCCAACACAGAUCGUCCAACCUUGACGCAAAGCCACCCACUCCUUAAUGCACAAGGAACCGACUUGUCGUAUGCUACUACAGCACGUCAGGAGCUUCAUACUCUUGUUACUGCCCCUGUUGGGGAUAGUACCGACAAUUUUACUCGAGCUUUGCGCGAUGUGGAUCGCCUGACCUCCAUUAGUGCUCUUGGUGCUGUUGAUUUGGCAACUCAACCUACGUCUCCAACCACUCCCGUUCCUCUGCUUCAACUGCGGCCACCAACAGUACGAUCUGCAACGAAUCUAGACGUCACGGUCAGUAGGUCGCGAAGACGACCAUCAAUCAGACAUCAGAAUUCAACAGCUGAGUCUGAUGACUUUAAUGGGGACAGCAUGCCGUCUGAUGAAGCUCCAGAUACUGAAAUGACGGGAGCCGCAGAGAUACAGUCUGCGGUGGGGAUUCAAGACAUCACGAUGGAUGAUAGCGAAGCCAUCUUAACAGGAGAUUCGCUGGACCUCAAUAAUCCUACUGCGUCUGAAGCCCACCAAGACGCUGAGACUUUUAAUAUCGCUCAUCGUACGAACCUCGAUGGGAGCAUCAGAGAUAAUAUGACGCAUAAUCCGGUUGCGCCUGUGGGCCUUUCUCCUAGUCGCCCGACUUUGGGCGUUACACCACAUCCUCCACCAAGCUCUACGAUCCCUCGGUAUCUACUCGACCGACAUCUCAUACCCAAUCCCCAACUGUUGUCUGCAAUGCCCCGCGAAGAGGAUGUGCUUAUGUCGCUGCAGCUAUUGGCGUAUGUCUCGAAGUAUUGUUGCUUGCGUACAUACUUUCAAAAGAGCCACCUCGUGCCGACUCUUGCAAUUGGGGACGAUCUCUUCGAUCCAGAUACCGAAGAAGAAGGUGAAGAAGGAGCCUCUUUUACUCGAGACAAAAGCGAGAGUGACGACGAAUAUUUGCUUGAAGAUGACUUCAAUUUAUUUCCGUUGGUCGAAAAGUUCACUGUCCGGCACCAUAGCACGGAUAUGCAAUAUUGGGCCGGAGUGGUGAUGCGGAACCUGUGUCGAAAAGAUGACACGCGAGGAGGAAUUCGACAAUGCGCAUACUAUCAAUGUGGCAAAUGGGAGGAAUUCACCCGGCAGUUUGCCAAAUGUCGUCGAUGUCGUCGAACAAAAUACUGCAGCAAAGACUGUCAGAAAAGCGCUUGGGCUUUUCAUCGCCAUUGGUGCGUAGCUGCAGCGCAAUGA